UUUGAAAAGACUUUCACUGAGCCUUGGAGGGAUUCGAUGUAUAUUGAAUGAUACACACAGCAACUCAAACUCAAGCCAAGAUCAUUUUUAUGAAAAGAGCUGUGCAACAAGAAGGAGAACAGUUGUAAUCUGUGUGCAGGAAUGUCAGAAGCUAGUUUUGACUCUGGGAAGAAUUCCUCAGAGGAUAAUCAAUCGGACCCUAAUGAACAGGGCCCUCAAAAUACUGCUGACUCUGUGAGUCAAUCAAAGGCCAGAAAAAACAGCCUGGAUGAAGCACACAUGACUGAAAUUGACAUCAGUGAGGACAAGGAAUUUGGAAACCACAAUUACACUCACAGUGAGGAUGAGGAUGAUGGCGAUGAAGAUGAGGAUUCUCAGGCCCAGAGUAAAACUAGUGGAAUAAUUCGGGAUAAUGCUGAUUCUGAAACAACAAGCCGUGUGGCAGCAGAAGCUGAUGUGAAGGUGGCUAUGGCAGAGGAGGCCCACAGAAGCCCAGCUGCUCAAAUCUCAGUAACCAGAAACGGAGAAGCAGACAAGAGUCAUGAGGAAGUGUUUCACAGGGAUGUGCCACACAAUGUCUCCUCUGGACCAAACACAUCACACUCCCACAAUUCACCUGAAAACUAUGCAAUGAAUGAGGGAGUUGUCCAAGUGGGGCCAUAUACAGGGUCGCCAUUCCAGGCCACCACACCUAAAGUUGUCCCCAGUCCUGCAGCAGCCAGCCGGCUAGCUCGUAGCAUCAGCGAUAGUCAGGUGGAGACACAGAAAGGUGCUUUGAGAGAGCAGCAGAUGGAAGGAGCAGUGGUCCUCGCUGAUGACAUGAAGAGUCCUGCCAUAGAGAAACUGGAGCUGGUGAGGAAGUGGAGCAUCAACACUUACAAAUGCACUAAGCAAAUUCUGUCGGAGAAGUUAGGUCGUGGCUCCCGUACAGUUGAUCUGGAGCUGGAGGCGCAGAUCGAGGUUCUUCGUGACAACAAACGAAAGUAUGAGCAUGUUAUCAAGCUGGCGCAGACACUUUGCACUCAGCUGGCGCAGAUGCUGCAGACGCAGAGACAGCUGGGUGACGCGUUUGCCGAUCUUAGUCUCAAGACACCCGAUCUACAUGAGGAAUUUGGCUACAAUGCUGAAACCCAAAAACUUCUGGCGAAAAAUGGAGAAACUCUGUUGGGAGCUAUCAACUUCUUCAUCUCCAGUGUUAAAACUCUAGUGGAUAAAACUAUAGAGGACACCUUGAUCAACAUUAAGCAAUAUGAAGCAGCAAGGAUUGAGUAUGACGCAUAUCGCACAGAUUUAGAGGAGCUCAAUCUGGGUCCACGGGACGCCAAUACACUCCCUAAGAUUGAGCUGUCUCAGCAACAGUUCCAGAUCCACCGUGAAAAAUAUGAAAAGAUGCGCAAUGACGUCUCAGUCAAACUCAAGUUUCUGGAGGAAAACAAGGUGAAGGUGUUACACAACCAGCUGAUUCUCUUCCAUAACGCCAUCGCAGCAUACUUCGCAGGCAACCAACAGCAGCUGGAUCAGACCCUUAAACAGUUCCACAUCAAACUAAAGCUACCAGGAGGAGAAACCCCCUCUUGGCUAGAGGAGCACUGAUUGAAUCAGAUGGUAUAAUCCAGAGCGGAGGGCAGAGCACACCACUCCAUAAGGAAACCAAAUCCAUAAAAAGCAAAAAUGUCUCGCUAUCACUCCUUUCCCUUUUUACAACUUUCAGGACACUAAAGCCUGUCAAUAAAUGUAUGACAGGAAACCAUUUUGAUAAAAGAGAAAUAUUUAGCUCCUCUCUUUGUCCUUGCUAUGUCUGACUUUACACUUGAAGUUUAGUUUUUAAAUAAAUGCUUUUUCUUUUGUCUGAGAGUUUGCACUCUCUUGCGUAACAAAAACAAUCUUGUUGUUUUUGAAUCAAGUUACCAGCACUUUAAUGAUAGAUGGAAUACAGACAAAUAAGCAGGAAGCAGGAAGAAAUGAGGGGCCUUAUGAAUGUUGUACAGACUUUAAAGUAGUUUUUUUGAAAAAAAAAUGAUUCAAAUUAAAUUGGUCUUGGACUAAAAAUCAGUCUGACACUUAAUUCUACUUCAAAUUUGCCUUUUCAUCUUUUUCUAGACCUCACUAGUGUCAUCCUCUCCUAACCUUUUUUUUUAUGUAACUGCACUGUUAUAUUGUUAUCAAGCACAUUGACAUAAAUUUCCAUAUUGCCGCCGUAAAGGGCAUAUUGAUCUGAAAGGUUGAUCAUUUUAGUUCAAACUUGAAGUUUUGCUGUGCUGCAUUUACUGUCACAAAAAGGGCAGGAUAAUCAGAGGUUAUAAACUCUCAAUUUCUGGCUUUUUUGCUGUAAAUUUUUAAGGUGAACCUUUUGUAGAUCCCAUUGAAAGGGGAUGGGGCUUCAUUUCUGACUUGAUGUGCCUUGCUCUUUGUCAAUCAUCAAUUUUAAUCAUCUUCAGUGUUGUCAGGAGUUACUCUCAUUACCAUCCUACAGACCACAGAAUGGACCAAUAAACACAGCCAUAUUUGCAGUCCAGGAUAAUCACACAUGCAUAUAGACCAGCAAUCUCUAUUUAACUUGAAAUUACAAUCUUUUUUUUCCCUUCGUUUAUUUUAUUUUUUUAAACGACCUUUCUUUGCAUUCCAUUUCUUCAAUAACUAAGCCAGGAAUCCAUUUUGUACAAAAUGUAAACCAAAACUCCCAGGUAAGUACAAAAGAAGAAGUAAUUUUGGGUUUAUUAAUUUUUAUUGCAACAGAUUAUGUACCAGGUGUACAUUUGAAUAUGUGUAAAUAUUAGACCGGGGGUCACCAGAUGAAUACAAAAUGAAUGUAGAACAAAUUCAUAUAAAAACAUGGAUGCCAAAUGGAAUGUUAAGAUUUAUAUCUUGAAUACAAAAUAAUGGAGUUGUUUAUUCUUGGAGACUCUUAAAACAUCUGCACUCCUGGUUCUCCUUGUCUUGCCUCUUUUCAUUUGAUGUACAAUAACUACCUUUAGUUUCUGUGUGACUUCUCAGUUCUGUCUUAGCAGCAGACAGACACCAAUGUACAGUAAAUGUGGGAACUGACUGACAUGCUUAGUCACAUCUAUAUAUAUUUGUAAAAUCUUGUAUUUUACUUUGGGUAUAAAAGAACUUUGCUGUGUGCUGCUUUUUUGAGGAUUUGUUGAUAAACGAUGGAUCAGGUGUAUAAGGGCAGAAAAGAUCUGAAUGUUGAAUCAUGGGAGAAAAUAAAACUUUUCAUUCUUAA